AUGCUGUCGCCGAAUAGCAAGAAGAGUGACAAGAACUCGAAAGCGCAGAAGAUCUUGGGAACUACUGACAUUCCCAUCCAACAUAAUCGCAACAACUCCCGAGAAGACAAGAAGCGCGGGAGACGACCGAGCUUUAUGAGAGCCCCCGAAAUCAAAUCGAACAAGGGUGGCAGUUUCGUGCCUUUCCCCACGGCCACACCAGAUGCAGGGCUAUCUUCCCCUCACCUUCGCGUACGAGCAUCCUCACCUCUUCUGGGACAUGAAUACCAUUCGCAUGACAAUUCACCGCCGCCACUUCCCAAGUCAUCGAAGAACAUUCACCACUCCGGUUCUUCGUCGACUCUCUACUCAUACUUCAGCCGUCGGGAUUCUACCAACGACUCGAACACGAACGGCAAUGGGUCGACCAAGGACCUCGGCCGGGCAAGCAGCAGUCACUCUCAACAGUCGAACACCGAUCCAAGAAUAAGCAUGAAGCCAUCCAAGGGCGGGAUGAAGGAGUCUAAGCGGAAAAUGCGUCCACCCAGGAUUGACCUUUCGUUGUUGUUCCCCAAGCCCAAACCCGCUGCCGCUCCCCUUUUAUCCCCGCAACGCAUGAUGAGCUCUCCUUCUCCAGUCUCAGUCGUCUCCGAACUCCCCACGGCCGUGAAAAAGCCUGAUGAUACCCAAGCCGGAAUCAAAACGACAGCGACAAACACCCUCUCCGACACUCUCGUCCCUCCUCCAAGCCAUGCCAAACAGCACAAAAAUAGAGCUUCUUCGGUAUUUUCCGAAGUCAAGUUCCGCGAUUGGCUCGAUCCCUCGCUUGAAAGGUCAGUGAGGACGAGCGAAAUGGACCUGGCUUUAGAUAAAUAUGCCGACACCCAGCAAACCCCCAAACCCUCCAAUGCAAGCAUCAGGAGUCGAGACCAACUGCACUCAAGCCAUUCGAACAAAUCUGCAGAUAGGACAGCCGGCAGAAUGUCGUCCAAUCGCUCCGAAGGGGGCUGGAGUAAGGAGACUUACUUAUCUCCCAAGACUCGCCCUCGUCAGAUGUCCAACCGCAGCUCGAAUGCGCCAGAUUGGCAAUCCGACCGAUGUGAAAACCGUCCGUCUGAAAAGGGCUCGAUGUCGAAGAAGAGUAGCAAGAGCACGCUGAGGAACACCGAUCUCAACAUUUCCAGUGUUCUUUGCCUUUCUUCAUCAGAGAGUGAAGACGACGAUGAUUACCUGACCAAGGAACGAGUCGCUGCGGAUCACUCCUCCAGAGACAGUGUCACUACCUACGGUGAAUUCGAGCCCGAGAUUUGCACGGCCUCUGCGGCACAAGCCACAAGAGGACCGCCAUUGAAGCGAGUCGAUGCAGCCCUUGCGGCCGUCGAUCAAAGGUCAAGGUCGACGAAGAGAAAUACCGUCCGACGAAUGCCUUCAAAAGCUUCGACCGAGAAAUCGUCCUACACAGGUCCGCGAAGCCGGUCGCGUCGAUCGAGUGGGAUACCCACGAUCUCUGAGCCUGAGGCACCACAACAAGAUGAUUGGUUCUUUCCCCCACCACCUUCCCCAUCGACAAGGGAGAUUAAUCGGAGGAGCCGAAUCAUCACAGUGACCAGACAAGAAGAACAUCUUCUGGAAGCGAUGAGAUUGAGAAAAGGGAAGAUUACCCCAAGCCUCUACCAAGAGGCGCGCUAUAAUGGCAACAGUCGAGGUGUUGAUCCCGAGCAAGCGUCCAUGCUUUCAGCGCCAUCGAGGGAUUCUUUCUAUGGCGGUGACACCUCUUUCCUGCGUCUUAGCCCCGGGUUUCCACCUUACCUACAACGGGCAGACCAAGGUGCAAACCUUGACAACUCUGCUUCCCAAGGCGCUGCUUCUGAUGCCGACCAGAAAACCAUCAACUCGAACGCAUCUAAUAGAGUCAGUCUGGCUUACUCCGAAAGCCUCCCAUCUCCCGCGACCAGCGGGGCGUCUCCUCUGACACCGACCCUUCCCAUCCAUCGUUUCUCUCCUCUACCUUCGCAAAAGCCUCCUCCACGUCAUCCACCUCCUGCUGUCCCGCAUGAGCAACGACGACACUCGCGGCGACGCACAGAUAGCAGCGAGGCUAUCGUUCUAGGCGAAGCCGAAGAUACCAAGGAAAAGGAAGAAUUUCCUAUCUGGGCCUUUGGUAACUGGAAUGAUAGAACCAACUUGACAGCUGUGCAUUAA